UAUGAACUUCUUGGAUGCUAUAGACAACUCAUAUAUAUAAUCUUUGGAUUUAAUUUGGUAUUAAGUUUCGGAAUGGCGGAUUUUUCAAUAUUGGAAUUUCUUUUACUUUGAUAUCAAUAUGUAUCGAUUAUUUUUAUAAAUUAUUUAUUUUAAUCGGUUUAUUGUUGUAUCCUUAAAUGCUCUGUCAACGAGAUUAAAAAAAUCUAAUGUCAAUAACGUUAACAAUCUUGACAUUUGUUGUCAAAUCAAAUGUGUCAAUUUGCCGUCAUGUUGUCGUUUGUUGUGUUACAGAAAAUGGAAAUGUGGUAACGGGCUGGUUAAAAUCAAUUAAAGGUAAAGAAAAGGAAAGAAUUUUCUUGGGUAUAAAAAACCUCUAAACGUAACCAUUAUACGAAGUAAAGUAAAAUGGACGGUCCUCCGGGCAACAACGCAUCUUUAGGACCGCCGCCGGGAAUGCCAAGCUUCCCUCCUAUGCCGCCUCCACCAGGUGCGAUGGGACCUGGGAAUAUGCCACCGCCUCCUAUGGGACCUCCUGGUGCUAUGCCACCAGUGACUGCUACAGGUGGGCCACCCAAUAUGCCACCGCCAGGCAUGGGGCCUCCACCGGGUAUGAUGGCUAUGGGGCCCCCUCCCCCGGGGAUGGGUCCUCCACCACCAGGAAUGGGCCCUCCGCCCGGAAUGGGUCCUCCUCCUCCAGGCAUGGGACCACCUGGCAUGAAUAUGGGACCUCCGAUAGGACCACCUGGUAUGGGACCACCAAGAAUGCCCCCUAACAUGAUCCGUGGUGGACCUAACAUGAAGGGAAAUUUUGGUAACCAACCUGUCGACAUGGGUCCUCCUGGUAUGGGUCCUUCGCCUAAUAUGCAAAUGGGUCCUGGACCUUGGGAUGGACAGGGUCCUCCAGGGUGGGGUUGCCAGGGUAGAGAUGGUCCUCCAGGCUGGGAUGAUCAAAGCGAUGACAGGGAUGAAAAUGAACCAGAAGAUGAGGAGCAGGGUCCUCCUACUGGUCCUAAUGCACUUCCUUCUUUGCUGACUAUGAAAAUUGACACUCCUGAAGAAUUUCGCAAUAAGCCAGCUCCAGGUGGUGUUGUAUUACCAAAGGCAUUGGAAGAGGCUUUGGCUUACAAGGAUCAAAGACAGGCAGCAUUCGGUGAUGAAGAUGAGCAGCAGGUAGAGGACAAUGGUCCAGAAGCACCACCGGCUCCUGUGAUUAGCACAGAAUAUGAUGCUGAAGAGGACGAGGGUGAUUCUGAUGAUGAAAACAUACUUGUUGCACCACAACCUCCUGUUAUAUCCAGACAAGAGCCAAACAUGGGGAAGAAUUAUUUACAGACUCAAGCAAGUAAAAAUAAACAAGCCAGCAAAGCCAGUAAAAAUAAACGAAAAAAGAAAAAGAAGAAGGCAGCAAAGCAAAAACGCAAAGAAGAAACUAAAACCAAAGAACCUCAAACUGUUAAAGAUGACGGCAAGAAGUCAAGUGACAAGGAGAACGAGAAAGAGGCUGAAAUAGAGUAUGUACAAGAAAGUGUACAAUUUCAUGAAAUGGAACCAAUGUACCGACAGUUUCAUCGUAUACUUGAAGCAUUUAAAAUCACAGAAAAGAAAGAGGAACUAGUUGCUGAUGACAGCAAAGAUCUACCGAAACCAACCAAGCCUCUAGAGAAAGUGCAAGAUCAGUUUGCAGCUGAUGAAGAAGCUGCAGAGAAAAAUGCAGCAGACGAGAAAGAGCGAAUGUCAAAGCGCAAGCUGAAAAAGCUGUCACGGCUCUCGGUGGCGGAGCUGAAGCAGCUGGUGUCCAGGCCUGACGUGGUGGAGAUGUACGACGUCACAGCGCGCGAUCCCAAACUGCUGGUCCAACUGAAGGCGCACAGGAAUACCGUGCAGGUGCCACGGCACUGGUGCUACAAGAGGAAGUAUUUGCAAGGCAAACGUGGUAUUGAAAAGCCGCCUUUCGAUCUGCCCGACUUUAUAAAGAAAACGGGCAUUAUGGAAAUGCGCGCGUCCUUGCAAGAUAAGGAGGAGACGAAAACUCUAAAAGCGAAGAUGCGCGAGCGCACACGUCCGAAGCUCGGCAAGAUCGAUAUAGACUACCAGAAGCUUCACGACGCCUUCUUCAAAUGGCAAACGAAGCCGCGCAUGACGAUCCACGGCGACUUGUAUUACGAGGGGAAGGAGUUCGAGACCCGCCUGCGAGAGAAGAAACCGGGUGACUUGUCCGAAGAACUGCGAACCGCACUCGGCAUGCCCGUGGGGCCAGGUUCACAUAAAGUGCCGCCGCCGUGGCUGAUAGCGCAGCAACGCUACGGUCCGCCGCCGUCGUAUCCGAACCUGAAGAUCCCGGGCCUGAACGCGCCCAUACCCGAGGGCUGCGCUUUCGGGUACCACGCGGGCGGCUGGGGGAAGCCCCCCGUCGACGAGACCGGCAAACCGCUCUACGGCGACGUGUUCGGACACCAGAACAGCGGGCAGGACGAUAAUGAAGAUCAAGAUAUAGAUAGAACUAUGUGGGGAGAGCUGGAAUCUGAAUCCGAGGAGGAGUCUGAAGAGGAGGAAUCGGGAGAUGAAGGCGAAAAGCCUGGCGAGGGUGAUCUAGCGACGGGCGUGGUGACACCUGGCGAGGGUCUGGUGACGCCGCUGGGCAUCAGUUCUGUGCCUCCGGGCAUGGAGACUCCUGACACCAUUGAAUUGCGCAAGAAGAAACUAGACACAGACAUGGAGGGCGGAGACACGCCCGCUCUAUACCAAGUGGUGCCGGAGAGACGCGUAGGUCUAACGUCGGGCAUGAUGGCCUCCACACACGUGUACGACAUCAAUGCCGCUAAUCCAGGUAAGAGGGUGAGCGGCGGAGCGACGAGCGAGACGGCGGGCGGGGCGGGGGCGGCGGCGGGCGGUGGCGGGGGGGCGGCGGGCGCGGGCGCCGUGGAGGUGGCGCUCGACCCCUCCGAGCUGGAGCUGGAGCCCGAGGCGGUGGCGGCGCGCUACGAGCGGCAUCUGCGCGAGCACCGGCCCAAGGCCAGGGAGGACCUGUCCGACAUGCUGGCCGACCACGUCGCCAGGCAGAAGAACAAGAGGAAACGGCAGCAGAAUACAGAUUCAAAACAAGCAAAGAAAUACAAAGAAUUCAAGUUCUAAGAAAGACGAUUUUAAUAGUUGUAUAAGAAUAGUGAUUUUAACCAUUUAUGUUAUAUUAUUACAACACCUACAACAUUAAACUGUAAAAAAUACAAGGCCAAGUUUGUCAUUUCGUCAUAAAUUCCUUUAUGUGUGAUGAAACUGUAGGCAAUGCUAUCUUUACCA